AAGGUUAACAGAUUAACCAAUCUACCCUGUACAAACCCAAAGUAGUCCUCAGCCAAACUUUCAUAAAGAACUUAUCAUGCAAAAAAAGGCAAUUUAAACGAAUUGCUUCCCAAAUUUACUUAGGCUUAAUUUGGGAAUGCUAUAUUUAAUAUUUUUGAUUGCAUUCUUUAUUGUUCUCAUUACAGUUGGUAAUAUUACAUCAGGUGAUAAGUCGUGGAUAAAUAUUGAACAAAGGGCCUCCCUGACAUAUGUGCGAGGGGCUAUGAGAUUCAUUUUGUUUGCCUCAAAUCACCUAGAUGAAGAUGGAAAAAUCACAUGUCCUUGUAGGAUAUGUGUUAACGGGCAAUCUAUGUACCCACAAGAUGUCUUUGAUCAUAUCAUAUGCAAUGGAUUUCUUAGGGGCUAUGUCAACUGGGGAUUGCAUGGUGAGGGUGUUGGAUCAUCAACACCUGAGGUUGAAAUUAACAAACAAGAUGAGGGCUUUCUUCAUGACAUACAUGGUUUGUUGAGUGAUGCAUUUGGUAUGCAUGCUGAAAACACUAAUAUUAAUGGUGGCAUGAAUGUUGAUCUGGAUGGAACAUGCACUGAAACAAGAGAUGACCACGGACAAUAUAGUCAAUUUGAAAGCAGUGAUGCAGAUAUGUUUUCCAAAUUGCUUAAGGAAGCUGAGCAAGAAUUGUAUCCUAAUUGUAAGAUGUCAAAGCUGCCAUUCUUAGUACACUUGUACCACAUAAAAUGUCUUAAUGGGUGGAGUAAUAAAUCAUUAUCCAUGCUAUUGGAGUUGUUAAAAGAGGCGUUACCCGAUGGAAACACACUACCUACUACUUAUAAUGAAAUGAAGAAAAUAUUUUCAGGUCUCGGUUUAGGGUAUGAGAAAAUACAUGCUUGUCCAAAUGGUUGUGUGUUAUUCUGGAAAGAUCGUGAAAAUCAACAAGAAUGUGAUGUGUGUGGUGCCUCUAGAUGGAAGGAAAGUAGUGUUGUUGUGGAAGAUAAGGGAGAGAAUUUUAAUAGUACUAAGAAAAAAAAUAUUCCUGCAAAGGUAUUACGUUGGUUUCCUUUAAAACCAAGGUUGCAAAGAUUAUUCAUGUGUUCAAAAACAGCUUCUUUAAUGAAAUGGCAUGAAGAAGGGCGCACCAAAGAUGGAUUGAUGAGGCAUCCUGCAGAUUCUCCAGCAUGGAAAUAUCUAGAUUCUCGAUAUCCAGAAUUUUCUGCUGAUCCACGUAAUGUUCGCUUGGGGUUAGCUUCAGAUGGUUUUAAUCCAUUUGGGAUGAUGACAGUAUCUCACAGCACAUGGCCUGUUAUAUUGAUACCGUACAAUUUGCCCCCGUGGUUGUGCAUGAAGCAACCCAAUUUCAUCCUCACAUUGCUGAUUUCUGGUCCUAAAAGCCCAGGUAAUAAGAUUGAUGUAUACUUGCAGCCUUUAAUAGAAGAAUUAAAAGAAUUGUGGGAUGAAGGAUUGAAAACUUAUGAUGUCUCUGUUAAUCAAAGUUUCCUAAUGCGAGCAGUGGUAUUGUGGACUAUUAGUGACCUUCCUGGGCUCUCUAGUCUCUCUGGGUAUAGUGCUAGAGGGAUGUAUGCUUGCCCCUAUUGUGGUUUUGAUACAGAAUCUUUAUGGUUGGUACACAGUAGAAAGUAUUGUUAUAUGGGUCAUCGACGAUGGUUAGAAGCUGAUCACAUUUAUCGUCAAGAUGCGCAAUCAUUUGAUGGAACUUGCGAAACACGUCCAGCACCUAUGAGGCUAACGGGGUCUGAGGCGUUAAGGCAAUUAGAAUGCAUAGAAGAUGAAUACAACAAUGGCAGCAUGCAACCUUGGAAAAGAAAGAGCAUCUUCUUUCAACUGCCUUAUUGGGAACAUCUUUUAUUGCGUCAUAAUAUUGAUGUGAUGCAUACAGUGAAAAACAUAUUUGAUAACACGUGUGGCACCAUCACAAGCCAACAUGGAAAGUCUAAAGAUAAUUACAAAGCACGAUGUGAUUUAGAAGACAUGGGUAUACGGAAUGAUCUCCAUCCCAAGGUGCGCUUACGUACUAAUACUAAAUAUUUGCCAAAAGCUUGCUAUCAAAUGACCUCCAAAGAAAAAGAUGCCUUCUUUAAAGUUCUCAAGGAUCUUCGAGCCCCAGAUGAACUCUCAUCAAAUGUAUCACAUUGUGUCCAACUUAAACCACACAAAUUAAUUGGACUCAAAAGUCAUGACUGCCAUGUAUUGAUGCUUGAACUUCUUCCUAUUGCAUUACGUAAGUCUUUGCCAAACGAGGUAUGCUCAACUAUCAUUGAUUUUUGUAACUAUUUCAAGAACAUUUGCUCUAAGGUACUAUGUGAGAGGGAUCUUGACUUGCUUGAGCAUAGAAUUGCAAUUACUCUCUGUGAGAUGGAAAAGAUAUUCCCUCCUUCAUUUUUCACCAUUAUGGUUCAUUUGGCUAUUCACUUGGCAAAUGAGGCGAAACUUGGUGGGCCAGUUAAUUUUAGAUGAAUGUAUCCUAUUGAGAGGUACAACUUAAACCUUUUUCAUGUGGUUUUAGUUUUUAAUAUAUCUAUAUCUAACUUCAAGGACUAUUAGAUGUUAAUCUAGAUUAAUAUGUUAUUAUUUUUGUCAAUUUUAUGCUUGGUUGGUAUUCAUAAUCAAUAAUUUUAAUAUCU